AUGAGCCUGUGUGUGUGUCGUCGUCUUUCACCAAACACUUUCACUCGAAAUGGAAGUGAGCGCAACAAUCAAAAUCAAUGUUUGCUCGUCUUAAAUCUGGCUGCUAAAGAACCUUCCAUUGCCGUCCUUGAUUACGCCAUAAUCGAGGAGUUUGAGCAGAUGAUGCACAUUUCCAUGCCCAUGCACAUGCACACGCCAGGGUCUGCGAAUCUUCUUCUUCCUAGGCGUCGAACCUCAACAGGCUUAUCCAUGUCCAACCCCGGUAUGGUUAUGCCAUUCUUGUUGCGCAUGUCUUUUGUAACUGGGCAACCGGGUGCUGAGGCCAAAUCGGCCGAGUCCCUUUAUGUCGGCUUGUCCAAUCUGACAUCCGAGACCCUGCCCGGUUGGAUUGGCUUUGAGCCGGGGAAGCCUCAUCUCUCGUCUCGGGCGUUUCCAUGCUGCUCCUUCUGA